UCUACCUCCUCAAGUAGUGGAGCGAACGAUCUUGAUCGGUAAUGGCUCCGCAUGUCGUUCUCCAAUCCGAUCUCUGUUUACCUCUCCGCCACCGAUCUCCGCCUCUCCCCAUAGCCCCACGAACCGCUCCCUCCCACCGCCUCCGCCUCCUUUCCCUCCCCUACCGGCGGCUUGCCGUUAGGGUUUCGUCCUCCGGGAGCAAGAACAAAGGGGCGGAGCAGCAGAGAGGUGGGCUUCAGACCGGUUUCCAGAGGGAUUCUGAUGGUGAGCGUCUGACUGUUGAAGUGGAGCAGGAGGAGGUGGAGGGGAGAGGAGGGAGCGACGAGAGGUAUCAGGGGUCUGAGUGGAAGUGGCCGCCUUGGAAGCACUUGCCGCAGCGGUAUAAGCUUAUCGGAACGACGUCGCUUGCCUUUGUUAUCUGCAACAUGGAUAAGGUUAACUUAAGUGUUGCCAUCAUACCUAUGUCACAUCAAUUUGGCUGGAACUCAUCAACAGCUGGCUUGGUUCAAUCAUCUUUUUUCUGGGGAUAUGCCUUGAGUCAGUUACCUGGAGGAUGGCUUGCCAAGUUAUUUGGUGGAAGGAGAGUUCUAGAAGUAGGUGUGCUGGCUUGGUCAUUGGCAACAAUACUUGUUCCAUUUGUGGCAGGGUUUAUGCCAGGACUGGUUUUAUCAAGAGUAUUGGUUGGAGUUGGAGAAGGUGUUUCUCCGUCUGCUGCGACCGACCUAAUUGCCAGGUCUAUUCCAUUGCAAGAGCGGUCAAGAGCUGUUGCAGUUGUUUUUGGUGGUCUGAGUGUCGGAAGCAUUCUGGGGCUUCUCUUGGCUCCUCCAGUAAUCCAGAAUUUUGGUUGGGAGUCUGUCUUUUAUUUUUUUGGUUUACUUGGGAUUCUUUGGUGCUUGGGAUUUGAGUUUAUCAAAGAUGGCCAAUCAUUAUUUCGUCAUGAGGAUAUUUUUGGUUCUGGUGAAAAUCUGUUCCGUAUCAGUAACUUUUUCUCGGCAUCAUCCUAUGAAAAUUACUCAUGGAAUGAUUCCUUCAAAGAAUUGGGUGAUUCACUUAAGGAUGUACCAUGGAAGGCAUUUUUCAAAAGUGAGGCAGUGUGGGCAAUGAUAUAUGCUCAUUUUUGUGGAAGCUGGGGACACUAUACUUGUCUAUCCUGGUUGCCAACUUACUUUAGUGAGGAGCUGGACUUAAAUUUGACAGAAGCUGCAUGGGUUUCAAUCCUCCCUUCUUUGGGUUCAAUUCUUAUUACCUCCUUGGCAGCACCUCUCGCUGACAACUUAAUCUCUAAUGGAGUUGAGACUACAAGGGUGCGAAAAAUUUGCCAAACGAUUGCCUUUAUGUCUCCUGCAAUUUGCAUGACACUUUCCUCUUUGGAUCUAGGAUUACCACCUUGGGAAGUUGUAGCUAUUCUUACCGGUGGUUUGGCACUUUCAAGUUUUGCCUUGUCUGGACUUUAUUGUACCCAUCAAGAUAUUUCUCCCAAGUAUGCAAGUAUACUUUUGGGUAUCACAAACACAGUUGGGGCGGUACCUGGAAUUGUUGGUGUAGCACUUACGGGAAAUCUUCUUGAUUCAACCCACUCUUGGAGCUUAUCAUUAUUUGCUCCAUCCAUCUUCUUCUAUUUGACGGGCACCGUCGUAUGGCUAACAUUUGCCAGUAGCAAGCCACAGAACUUCUCCGAAUAAUAAGGUGUGUGAUUUUGUAUUAAUGGGUGGAACCACACUCGGGUCAGAUAACCCAAGGGAUGUAUUCAAAUGGGGAGAUCUCAACGAUACUUGUUCUCUAAAGCAACUUACCUGUUCCGAAGGUAGUUGGAACUUAGAAAUCAGUAAGAUCUGAAUACCUGAUGUAGGCUGUAAGCUACAAAGAAGAAUUGACCAAUUGGAAGUGGAAUUUAAGAAAAAGCGAGGUCUUUAUGUUAUUACCAGUAUCAGUUUGUACGAUCUAUCUAUAGGUUGUAACAUACAAAUUUUGUAUAUACUAAUUAAGACUUGCUUCUGUUGUUUAUAAACAAACACUGGUUAU